AUGAAGACGACAAGUCGAAAGAGCAGCGAAGCUCUGAACACGAUGGCCAUGGCAGCCCCUCCAGGAAGUGCUAGUAAGACACGUCCUGAUCCUCCCGGUCGGAUCAAGAAUUGGUCUAUUAGCAGAACAGCCAGCGACAUUGGCAAUAGUGCCUCCAAGAUGCCUCGCUCUCUGUUUGUCUCGGUGGUUAUUUUGGCAGCCGUCAUUUCCAAUUUGACCUUUUCCGCCUUUACCAGUACCAAGAAAUCCAACUUCAUUUUUGCCACUGAAAUAGAUCGAGCUCUGCAACUCAGGGGGAAUAAUAGCACUCCCACGCCCGCACCCGUCUCGUUGACCCAAGUCAUGACCAUGGACGAUGUGGAAAUUGACGAAGGUGAAGACGACGACACUCCCGUGAAACUGCAACUGACGGCACAACUCGUGGCAGAAGUUACAAAACCACCAGCCAAGGAACAAACCAAACCACACGCGGCCAAAUCGCUGGCUGCUUCUACCAACAGCAGCAAAAACAAGAAGACACAACAGACGACAAUUCAUGAUAUCAACAAGGAGGCUCCCUACGCGCAUCUCAAAGAUGGUGCCUUUAUUCAUCUUGGAAAAACGGGGGGUUCCACUCUAGCCGGUCUCCUCCGCGAUGGCUGUCAUUCUUUUUUGCCUCACCCCUGUGAGAAUCAUCCCAUUAUUGAUAGCGACCAGGAAACACAGGCAUCGCUCAAAACACCACACUAUUAUCACAUUCCCGAUUUCAUCAUGUUACCCUUUCAUCCCGUACGAGAAUUCUACAUUGUCACACUCCGGGAUCCUUUGGAGCGUACCAAAUCCGCCUUUGUCUACAGUCAUCCCAAAAAUGAUAAAACGCUCAAACUCCACGAUCGAGGCUGGCAACGCGUCCUCAAAAUGAACAAGUGGGACAUGGACAAGGUCAUGCAGUGUUUUCCCACUCUAGAGCAAUUUGUGCAAAACAUUGGAGAUGGCAAUGCCUAUCGGAAUUUCGAAUACCCCUGGUUGCCCAAACAACGCAUGAUCCUGUUUCAAGACAAUUGCACCAAUUUUGCCAGGGCCGCCAUGAACCACCGGAUCAAACCCAUGGUACACCUCGAGUGGAAUUUAGAGCAUAUUUACGAAAGCAUGAAUGCCGCAUGGAACCAGACGGUCAUUUUUGCCACACGACAAGAACACAUGGCACAAGAUUGGCAAUCCCUCAAUCACAUGUUGGGAGAAACCAAGGAUACCACAAAGUUUUGGCCCGAAAAGAAAGUACGAGAUGUCUCCAAAGUACAACUCCCCGUGCCAAACGAAUUGAGUGAAGAGGGGCGUGUCCAGCUCUGUCGGGCAUUGCGUGGCGAGUAUCAACGAUAUGUGGAAUACCUCUUUGCAUCGGUCAAUCUGUCACCACAAGACCGACAAGACAGCCUCGAGUUCGCGAAAAAGAGCUGUGGGGAUCAACUCGACUUUUUGAAUGCAAAAGAUCCACUGGCGGCCGUACUCGCCAAUCCGGACCAUACCCCACAGCCGGAAGCAACAGUACCCAAAGGGUCGCAUCUGCCAAACAAGGCCAAAGCCAACGCAACCGUCAAGAAAUCUGCUUACACGAUGCCGACGGGUUCUCCCAGCACGGCAUUAUCCAGCAGCAAGCAUGCGGAACCGAACGAGAGUGCCGCCUAUGCGCAUUUGAAAACGGGUGCCUUUAUCCACUUGAGUCAGACGGGAGGAGACAUUUUGUCUGGAUUCCUCAAAUAUGGAUGCCACUCGUUCAUGCCCAAACCUGCCCAACAAGGAACAUAUCCACAACGAAACCAUUGUCUCCAUCAAAACGAAACAAUAUUACACAUUCCUGAUUUCCACCGUCUACCCCACAACCGAACCAAUGACUUUUACACGGUGUU